UGGGAAGCAGGCGCAGUAGCUAUAUCCGCCAGACCGAGACAGACGGUGCCUACUGCUAGCUGAGUUAGCUACAAUAGAGUCAGCAGUUAGCAACUAGCUUCAGAGUCACAGCUCCUUUACUACAUAUAAGAGACUGAGGAAGAGUGUGUGUGUGUGUGUUUGACAGCGUGUGUGUCGACGCGCUCGACCGUCCCGAAGUCACUCUUCCGUCUGUACCUGUGUGUGUGUGUGUGUGUGUGUGUAUGUGUGUGUGUGUAUGUGUGUGUGUAUAUAUAAACCCCCCUAUCUCCCUCUUCCUGUUCAGAGCAGCGGCGUGCCCGUGAUUGUGUGUGUCUGAGUCUGUGUGUGUGUGUGGUUAGCAAGCAAAGAAGCAAACGCACACACAUAAACAUACUGUGAUAGUCGACUGUUUACAUUUAGUGUCCGGUUACCUGCCAGCGGAUACCAAGACAGGACCAGCAUGAUGUUGAGGUACGUCGGAGUCCGUGGCGGCCUCGGCCUGUUGGCCGUGAGGAGAGUGUGUCUCCUCUCCCGCUUUGCCCACUCUGCCCCACAGAACGAGUAUCGACCAAUCAAGAAAGUCAUGGUGGCUAAUAGAGGUGAGAUCGCCAUCCGUGUGUUCAGAGCCUGCACUGAACUGGGGAUUCGGACCGUGGCCAUCUACUCCGAGCAGGACACUGGACAGAUGCACAGGCAGAAGGCAGAUGAGGCUUACCUCAUCGGGAAAGGCCUGCCACCUGUUGCCGCAUACCUGCAUAUUCCUGACAUCAUCAAAGUAGCCAAGGACAACAACGUGGACGCCAUCCAUCCAGGCUACGGUUUCCUCUCCGAGCGAGCAGACUUUGCUCAGGCCUGCACAGACGCAGGGGUGAUGUUUGUGGGGCCGACUGCAGAAACGGUCCGCAAGAUGGGAGACAAGGUGGAGGCUCGUUCCAUCGCCAUCAGCGCAGGCGUACCUGUGGUCCCAGGAACAGAUGCCCCCAUCUCCAGCCUGCAGGAGGCGCAGGCGUUCGCCCAGACAUACGGCUUCCCCAUUAUCUUCAAAGCAGCCUAUGGAGGCGGUGGUCGAGGCAUGAGGGUGGUCAGAGAGUACGAGGAGCUUGAGGAGAAUUACCAACGGGCCUACUCUGAAGCUCUGACGGCUUUUGGGAACGGAGCCCUGUUUGUCGAGAAGUUUAUUGAAAAGCCGAGACACAUUGAAGUACAGAUCCUUGGCGAUAAAUAUGGUAAUGUCGUCCACCUCUACGAGAGAGACUGCUCCAUUCAGCGGAGACACCAAAAGGUUGUGGAGAUUGCGCCAGCCUUCCAACUGGACCCUCAUCUGAGAGACCGACUUCACGCUGAUGCUGUAACCCUCGCCAAACAGGUGGGCUACGAGAAUGCAGGUACCGUGGAGUUCUUGGUGGAUAAACACGGCAAACACUACUUCAUUGAAGUCAACUCCCGACUCCAAGUUGAACACACGGUCACCGAAGAAAUCACAGAUGUGGACCUGGUGCAUGCCCAGCUGCACGUGUGUGAGGGCCGCAGCCUGCCAGAACUGGGCCUCAAACAAGACAAGAUCAGGGUGAACGGCUGUGCGAUCCAGUGCAGAGUGACGACCGAAGACCCAGCCAGAGGCUUUCAGCCAGACACUGGCAGGAUUGAGGUUUUCAGAAGCGGUGAAGGCAUGGGUAUCCGUCUGGACAGCGCCUCAGCCUUUCAGGGUGCUGUCAUUUCACCCCACUACGACUCCCUGCUGGUCAAAGUCAUCGCCAGCGGGAAAGACCUGCCGACAGCAGCUUCCAAGAUGAGCCGAGCCCUGGCCGAGUUCAGAGUGCGAGGGGUCAAGACCAACAUCCCGUUCCUCCAGAAUGUCUUUUCCAACCACCAGUUCCUCCACUCCACAGUGGACACCCAGUUCAUCGACGAGAAUCAGGAGCUCUUCAACCUCAAACCCACCCAGAACCGAGCCCAGAAACUACUGCACUACCUCGGUCAUGUGAUGGUGAAUGGACCAACCACACCCAUACCAGUCAAGGCCAAGCCCUCCGCUAUAGACCCUGUCAUCCCUCAUGUCAGCAUGGGCGACCCACCAGUAGGUUUCCGUGACGUGUUGCUGCGUGACGGUCCCGAGGGGUUCGCUAAGGCAGUCCGUGCCCACCAAGGUCUGUUGCUAAUGGAUACCACUUUCAGGGAUGCCCACCAGUCGCUCCUCGCAACCAGAGUUCGGACCCAUGACUUGAAGAAGAUCUCACCAUUCGUCAGCCACAACUUCAACAACCUUUUCAGCUUGGAGAACUGGGGAGGUGCUACCUUUGAUGUGGCCAUGAGGUUCCUGUCAGAGUGUCCAUGGAAGAGACUCCAGGAGCUGAGAGCUCUGAUCCCCAACGUCCCAUUCCAGAUGCUGCUGAGAGGAGCUAAUGCUGUGGGCUACACCAACUACCCUGACAAUGCUGUCUAUAAGUUCUGUGAGGUGGCCAAGGAGAACGGCAUGGACAUCUUCCGCGUGUUUGAUUCCCUGAACUACUUGCCCAACAUGUUGCUGGGCAUGGAAGCCGCUGGAGCAGCAGGUGGCGUGGUGGAGGCUGCCAUCUCGUACACAGGAGACGUUUCCGACCCAAUGAGGCAGAAGUACUCUCUGGACUACUAUGUGAAUCUAGCAGAUGAGCUUGUCAAAGCUGGCACCCACAUCCUAUGUAUCAAGGAUAUGGCCGGUCUGCUGAAGCCACAGCCCAGCAAGCUUCUGAUUAGCGCACUGAGAGAUCGUUUCCCAGAAGUGCCCAUCCACGUGCACACACACGACACAGCUGGAGCUGGUGUAGCCGCUAUGCUGGCCUGUGCUGAGGCUGGAGCUGAUGUAGUGGAUGUGGCGGUUGACUCAAUGGCGGGGAUGACUUCUCAGCCCAGCAUGGGAGCUAUCGUGGCCUGCGCCAAGGGGACCAAGCUUGACACCGGUAUUGCUCUGGAAAAGGUAUUUGACUACAGUGAAUACUGGGAAGUAGCCAGAGGUCUUUAUGCUCCAUUUGACUGCACUGCCACCAUGAAAUCUGGCAACGCUGAUGUCUAUGAGAAUGAGAUACCCGGAGGACAGUACACCAACCUCCACUUCCAGGCUCACAGUAUGGGACUGGGAAACAAGUUCAAGGAGGUGAAGAAGGCCUACGCUGAAGCCAACAAACUACUGGGAGACCUCAUUAAGGUGACUCCAUCCUCAAAGAUCGUUGGCGACUUGGCCCAGUUCAUGGUGCAGAACAACCUGACCAGGGCUGAGGUGGAGGAGAGGGCGGAUGAGUUGUCCUUCCCUCUGUCUGUGGUUGAAUUCCUGCAGGGAUUCAUUGGAAUACCACAUGGAGGAUUCCCAGAGCCGUUUAGAUCUAAGGUGCUGAAGUCCCUCCCCCGCAUCGAGGGCCGUCCUGGCGCCUCUCUACCACCGAUGGACUUCAAUGCCCUGGAGGAGGGGCUCCGAGCCACUCACGGUGAUGAAAUCACCCCUGAAGAUGUGAUGUCAGCAGCCAUGUACCCCAAGGUGUUCCAGGAAUUUAAAGAAUUCACUGCUAACUUUGGACCAGUGGACUGUCUCAGCACCAGGCUGUUCCUGGAUGGACCCAAGAUCGCUGAGGAAUUUGAGGUGGAGCUGGAGAGGGGGAAGAUCCUCCACAUCAAGGCACUGGCACUGGGUGACCUGAACAAGGCCGGCCAGAGAGAGGUCUUCUUUGAACUGAACGGACAGCUGAGAUCUGUGCUGGUUAAAGACACAGUCGCCAUGAAGGAAAUGAAGUUCCACCCCAAGGCCCAGAAGUCCAUCAAGGGUCAGGUGGGGGCACCCAUGCCUGGAAAAGUCCUGGAGGUCAAAGUGGAAGUUGGAUCCAAGGUGGAGAAGGGUCAGCCACUGUGUGUCCUCUCAGCCAUGAAGAUGGAGACGGUGGUCAACUCCCCGUUGUCCGGGACCGUUAAGGCAGUCCAUGUCACAGCCGAUUCCUCCCUGGAGGGAGAUGACCUGAUACUGGAAAUCGAGGAGUAGAGUGAGAGGGUGGAAGGAGCAAGGGAGGGGAGGGGGUUAGACAAUCUGAUUUUGGAAGUGGUGAGAGGUGGAGGAACAGAGGAGAUUAAGAAAAGAGGAAGAUGGAGGAAAAAAAAAGAUGCAGCUCUCAUCUGUGGCAUUACUGCAGGACUUUAUGGGCCCCCAACUUGUACAUAUUCUGUUUGGUUACACUGGGGACACAAAAUGAAGCACAGCUCUACGCAUAUUCAGACACCCAGUGGGUGUUAAGAGUAGAUGAUAUGUGAAACAAUGUGAAAUAAUACAUUAAUUUAAUGGAAAUUCCUUAUCAAAGUCUACCACAAAUGAAAUCCAAAAGCUUUUCAACAUUUAAUUCUCCCAAAAGCCAAGAAACAGUCCCCAGUAUAUCUGCUAAUGUCCUGUCAACUUGUGGAAAAUAACAUAGUUUAGAACAUCUUUGAAUUGUAAUACAUUCCAUUACUUCAACGCUAGUCUUAAAUGUGAUGUACUACAAAUUGACCUAACAUGUAUAACACUAACAGGGUCCUAACAUCUACUUGCAAUAAAUGUUACAAUUUCCAUUUC